UACCGGUACAUGAAGUAAUGAUCAUGAACAUGAGAAGUUGGGGAAUAUAUCAGAUACGAGACGUUUGCCUGUUGUUUAUGGUGGUCGCAAUCACCAGAGUGAAAGAUGUUGAAGCACAGUCAUCAACACUUGACGGUCCAAGCUGGGUGGAUAAGGAUGGAAAUGCAAUUUUUACAUGCACCCCAAUUGGAGGUGGUACGUUGCGUGGGGUAGAAUGGAGAAAUAGCAGCUUGGAAGAAACUUCAGACAUUAACAAUGCUGAUACAAUCAUACAAUAUAUCGUUGGUUCAGCUCCAGUCAACAGAGACCCGUCUCACUAUGCCUUUGAUAGCACUGAUCCUGGUAACCCCAUGACAGUCCAGUCAGUCACGCUUGAUGAUGAAAGCACUUACUGGUGUCGUCUUAACAUACAAGGCACGGGAGAUGUUGAUAAAAACACGCAGAUGCGGGUUCGAGUUCCUGUUGACAACACCACCAUGUAUAUGAGUUACAAUGGUAGCACCUAUACUGGUAACGAGGGGAAUAUCGACAUUCUGGGUGGCACAAAAGACGUACCCUUCAAUUGCACAGCACCAGGAAUUAAGCCAGGAGCGACAGUCUUCGUAUGGACACUGGAUGGCUCUCCGGUACCAUCUACAGGUCCACCUACACAAAGUCCCAAUGGAACUAAUGACAAGUUAACAGAUAGCACCAGUACAGUAAUACUGGACAUCCCAGAUGAUGUUACUAAACCCUUGGGGCUCUGUUGUGCGACAACCAACAGGCAGGAUGGAAGCAGUGAAACGGAGGCCUCGAUCUGCGUUACACUGAACUUGAUACAAUGUGGAGCUGGCAGUAUCCUGUACAGACUGGAUGUGAUUCUUGCCUGUCUUGCUUUAGCUGCAGUUUAUAUGUUCAACCAUGGGAUUUAAGUGUCCCCCUGUCAGUGUGGAUAAAUGAACCUGCAUGAGCGAGUUGUCACACUGAUAAGAAUUACCAUCCAUAAAAUCGUGAGGAAUAACAGUCACUGGUACAAAGUAGUUUAAGUAGGUUUUUUAUUUUUAAUUUUUUACCAAUCUACCGGUACGCACAGACCUAGCAGAUGAACAUUCCAGUUGUCUUAUAGUGACUGAAGCAUUGCAUCAGCCACUGGAUGCCGUCUUGAGGAUUUGGAGACUCUUUGCCGAAGUUUUGCUCUAUAUUUAGUAUAAAAGGCUUCAGACAAAUAUGAGCAUAUUAAUUAUAUUAGACACAUGAACAUGAUGGAGAUCAAUAAUUCAAUGUCGAAAUUUGCAGAAUAAUUCAAUAUCCAACAAUGUUCAUUGUAAGCUCACGCCAUGCAGGCCCCUCUCUCAUUUUAGACAACUGUAUGUGGACAACAUGCAUGUACUUCAAAUUGCGCAUGCUAGAAAGACCCUCAUUUAAAUUAAAAACUAAAAACCUCCCUAAGUGAAUUAAGUUGAAAAUCCAAUCAUGUGUACGUUUAAGCCACCCCCCCCCACCCCCGGCCCCUCCCCUUUCAGACAUGUGCACAUACAUUUGUAUGAUUAUGGCCGAAAAUAUAUUUGUUUCUAAUUCUACACUAACCUCAGUUCAUGUUGAUUGUAUCACAUUGACACAAGUUGUGUCUGUGAUGCUGUGUUCAUGUACAUCUACAUUCACGAGUUCAGCUCUUCCCAGACAUAUACCCUUUCAUUGAAUGACGUGCUGGUACAUGUACAAUGUACAAUGUACACAUGUACACAUGUACAUGUACAUAUACAUGUACAUGUACAUGUGUAUGUACAAAUGUUCCUGCAAAUGGGAAAGCAUUUGAUACAUCAUGCAUUCGGAAUUGAUUAGGAGUGGCUGUAGCUGUAUGUGACACAUACACUUUGCAUUGAUGGUAGGCCUAUGAGUCAUGAGUAUGUACUGUAAAUUUAAUGCUCUGUUGUCUUUACACUUGAAAUGAAACAUGGAUUCACUGCUACCACAUUAAUCUAUAUACAAAGGCAAUUAUGACUUGAUAAAGUAGUUCCAAGAUUGUAUUCAGGUUUAGAUUUUAGGCUACAUGUACUAGUACAUGUGGGGUAAGUUGAAGCAUAUGGUUCAAUGGUGUGUGCUUGUAUCUAUAGCUUGUAUGACAAAUCAUCAACAAAUAUGGACUUUGGUUGCAUUUCCUGGUGUCUGCCUCUUUAUGCAAAUCCCCAGUUUUUUGUGUUCCAUGACCUUGGUGAUCUUGCCACAAGGUUUCCUGGCUAGCAAGACUUUCCUUCAGUAACUCCAUUGUCAAAUGUAAUAAUGGUGAUUGAAUGCAGUAAACUGUAUCUCAAAAAGUACACCAGAAGCAGCCCUGUGGGUGUACAUACUUGAUUUGUGCCCUUUGUCAAAGGACCAUGCAUGUGGUUAUUUCAAGUGCAGGGACAACUGAGUGUUUCUCUUUGGUAACAUACAUGUACAUGUACAUGUGUACAGUGGCGUGUAACUAGGGGUUGGGGGGGGGGGGGGGUGCAUUCCCAUCGAAAUUGCUCCCCCUCCCUCUAUUUAAAUUCUUGAAUUGCACAUAACAAUAUUGGUUGCCUUCAGGGGCCCCCUUGAGAAAAUGGUGCACCCCAAGAUGCCCCUUAGAAGUUGGUAACACACAUUGUAAUUUGUCUGAAUUUCAGAAGGCUUUGAACACUUGACAAGUAAUUCUGAUCUUCUUCUUACAUUUAACACGUCUCUCCAACCAUAUUCCCUGCUCUUUGCUCCAACGUAGUAUUUUGCAAGAGACAAAUUUAUAGCUGAAUCCAUUUCAUACAAAUGUAUAGACUGCAAUGUGCAUAGAGUAGCUUUAAAGUUUAAAGCUAGGAUCCCACAGUUUCAGCAAUACACUUUUGCUUGCUGUUCAACUAAAAAUCCAACAAAUAAGUUUUGCUGCUUUAUAUUGUUGAAUUAAGAGAGUACGUGAAUUAAGAUCAUGACAUAGGCCUACUGUUUCUAAUGGGAGCGGCCUGGGAUCUCAGAUGAUACCGGUAUUCUCAUUGUUACUUUUGGUUUGAUGUUUACCAUGUUUAACAGGGAAACCAUAUUCCAAUUACCAUUUGGAUACACCCUGUAAAUAUAACGUUUUCCAUUGAGCAGGGUCAUGUUAAUUGUGUGUUCUAAAAAGUGUUCCCAUUAAAUUUUGAAAGCAUUGAGAAAGAAAUACUACAUAUUUUGAGAUGAUCCCUGAUACAUGUAAUGAGAUUACCUGUAGGCAUAGUGUGCAAUUAUGCAUUCACCCAUGCACACACGUGAAGAGUGUACAAUUGUUAUUUUUGUUGUUUGUUUUGGUUUUUUUUUUUGGUCAGUCAUGUUUUAUUGAAGUUUAUAUGCUUAGCAUAAUUAAAAAGGAUUAAAAAGGAUUCAUUGUUAGUUACCUAACUCAUACAUUGGUUGCUUCAUAUUAAAAAAAACCAAAUUGUGCACAAAGAAAGCUCAAUCUGAGUAGAAAAAAGUAAAUCGUAUUUCAAAUUGUCAUGGAAAUAUACGAAUUAGUCGGAGAGUCUGAAUGAAACACACUUUUUUAAAAGAGACUUUUGCAUCUUCAUUGCAGUGAACAAAAGGAGAUCAUCAGGCUGUUAUAAAACAAUGUGUUCAAACAAUUAUUGGGAACGGGAAAUCAAGACGGAUGUCAGAAAGAUUAAAUGUAACUCCAUGCUUCCUGAAUAACAAGAGUCCACCCAAAUCAAAUAGUGUGCUAUCUAUGCUGCUAUUUAUACAGUGUAUGGUACUCGCAUAUUACUUUGAAAGUAAACUACAUGAAUGUAUAUUGAGUAGUUGCAGGGGUUCACAGUCUUGUUUUCGUAAAAAAAACCCAAAAAACAAACAAACAAACACCCCCACAUAGACACGCUAUUGUCCCUUAUCCUCAUUCCUUUGUUAACUUUUUAGCAACAGCUCUCAUUCAUGUCAUUGGUUCUGUACACGAAUUUCAGUCGUGGACUAUCGAUCAAUUGUGGGCGUAUGUUUUGUGCCCUAACCCUUUUGUCCUACCGGUCCACAAUUGCCACAAAACACACCCAAAAACCGUGAAAGGUUUGGAGUUGGACAGAAUGUUAAUGAAUUCAGUGAAGUCAUGGUCCUAUAAAUGUUUAAUACCAGGUUUUCUAAUCACAUAAAAAAUAACACACAAUCCCAUUUGAAAAGAAUACAGAAUACAUAUAGUAGCAGGUCUGUAAAUUCUUGAAUUAAUAAA